AUGAGUCGUUGGUUCAGUUUCGGUACAACGAAAGAGGCUGAGGCCCAGACUACCCGAGCAUUGCCUGCAUCGUGGUACCGCUCCUCAGCCAUGUAUGAACUCGAGCGACGAGCAAUCUUUUCCAAGAAAUGGAUAGUCGUAUCACAUAAGGCAAGGUUCGCCGAAGUGGGUGAGUAUCUGCGUAUCACACAGGCCGGCUUUACCUUUUUCCUGAUCAAAGAUCGUCAAGGCGAUAUCAGGGCCCAUCAUAAUGUCUGUCGGCAUCGGGCGUUUCCUUUGGUGGAGCAAGAUGCAGGACGAGUCAAUAUUCUAUCUUGCAAGUAUCAUGGCUGGUCAUAUGGACUCGAUGGCAAAUUGGCCAAGGCUCCAAAAUACCAAGAGGUUCCGGCAUUUGACAAGUCUAUCAACAACCUCUUCCCAAUUCAUGUCCAUGUCGAUAAACUUGGCUUCAUCUGGAUCAACAUGGACUCUAGUCCUACACCAACGGUUUCUUGGGACGACGACUUUUCUGGUGUUGACACUCAACCACGUCUUCAGCCAUUCGACAUGGGAGCUUAUCACUUUGAUCAUCAGUGGGAGAUGAUUGGAGACUAUAACUGGAAGACGUUAGCAGAUAAUUACAACGAGUGUUACCACUGUCCUACUGGGCAUCCCGCCCUCAACGCCCUCACUGAUCUGUCAAAAUACUGGGUUGAGACUGCAGGUGGUUAUAUACAGCACUUUAACGUUGAUAAGCCGGAUAAAAAUGGUAUGGGUAUCUACAGUACUUUUUACUAUCCCAAUGCCUCCAUCACGAUCUCGCCCACCUUCUUCUACAUCAUGCGCUGUAUCCCCAUCUCUGCAUCACAGACCAAAAUGGAGUACGAAGUCUACAGAGCCAACAGUGCUUCCGACAAAGAUUUCAACGAAAUCAGCGACUUCUUUAAGCAGAUCCUCAAAGAAGACAAGGACCUAUGCAACGCUGCACAAAAGAACCUGAACGCUGGUGUAUUUGUCAAUGGUGAACUGCAUCCUAGAGUUGAAAAGGGCCCUCUGUUCUUCCAAGAGACUACGCGAAAGCUAGUCAUGGGUCAUCAUAAGCAGGAAGAGUCUGAAGGUCAAGAGAUCUGGCCAGCUGCACCAAAGAGUGGGCAGUCCAGCCUCGGACAGGGCGAUAUUGACUUCUGCAACAAGCUAGAAGCAUGUGCUGGAUCUGACAGUCUCAAGUGGUGA